AUGUCUUCUUAUCCUGCUCUUGCCGGCGGCGGCACCGGGCGCAACAUUGACCUGAGCAAAACCGAAUCCGAUCUGGCCGUCAACAUCCGCAAGGCGACCAGCAUCGAAGAAACCGCUCCCAAACGAAAACAUGUUCGCAGCUGUAUCGUCUACACUUGGGAUCACAAAUCCUCGGUCUCCUUUUGGGCGGGAAUGAAAGUCCAACCUAUCCUCGCAGACGAAGUCCAGACCUUCAAAGCCCUCAUCACCGUCCACAAAGUUCUGCAAGAAGGCCACCCCAUCACCGUCAAAGAUGCCCAACAGAAUGUCAAUUGGAUUGAAAGUUUGGCAAGAGGUGUCACCGGCGAAGGUCUUCGAGGUUACGGACCGCUCAUCAGGGAAUACGUCUUUUUCCUCCUGGCCAAGCUGGGGUUCCACCGGCAACAUCCUGAGUUCAAUGGCCUGUUCGAAUAUGAGGAGUACAUCAGUUUGAAAUCCAUCAACGACCCCAACGAGGGUUACGAGACCAUUUCGGACCUCAUGACCCUGCAAGAUCAGAUCGACACUUUUCAAAAGCUGAUCUUUUCGCACUUCCGGGGCGGCGCGAACAACGAGUGCCGAAUCGCAGCCUUGGUGCCAUUGGUGCAGGAAAGCUAUGGCAUCUACAAGUUCAUCACGAGCAUGUUGCGAGCCAUGCACACCACUACCGGUGACGACGAAGCUUUGGAACCGCUGCGCACCCGCUACAACGGCCAACAUCACCGACUGAUCAAGUUCUACUACGAAUGCUCCAAUCUCCGCUAUCUGACCUCCCUCAUCACCGUUCCGAAGCUCCCGCAAGAUCCCCCGAACCUUCUGGCCGAGGACGAAGAAAAGCCUGCGCUGCCCCGACGGCCGACAAAGGAAAUCGAACGCACCCCGUCUCCGGUCGCAAAGAAUGGCACGUCCGACCCGAAAGACAUUGAUGAUUUCUGGUCAAGAGAGGCUCAAAGACAACAAGAAGAAUACGAGGCCGAACAGCGCCGGCUGCAGCAACAAUGGGAGGAGCAACAACGGCAGCAGAUGAUGGCGCAACAGGAGGCCCAGCGCGCUUUUGAGGAGCAACAACGAAUGCAGGCCGAGCAGCAACGAUUAGCACAGGAACAACUCAUGCGCGAUCAGUAUGCAGCCCAAACUCAAGGUCGAAUGGCCGAGCUGGAGCGGGAGAACUUGAAUGCUCGCGCACAGUACGAACGCGACCAGUUGAUGCUGCAACAGUACGAUCAACGAAUGAAGGCGCUCGAGGAACAGCUACAGCAGCUCAACAACAAUUUCCAGAUGCAGUCCUCGUCCAAGGAUGACCAGAUCGCCUCUCUGCAGGACCAGGUCAACACCUGGCGGUCCAAAUAUGAGGCCCUCGCAAAACUGUACUCGCAACUCCGACAGGAGCAUCUCGAUCUGUUGCAGACCACGAAAUCGCUCAAGCUCAAGGCAGCCUCGGCCCAAGAAGCCAUCGACCGCCGGGAACGACUGGAGCGGGAAAUGAAAACCAAGAAUCUGGAACUCGCCGACAUGAUCCGGGAACGUGACCGAGCCCUGCACGAGAGGGACCGCGUGCAAGGUGGCCACCGUGAAGAAGUCGAGAAGCUCAAGCGAGAACUACGCCUGGCCAUCGAACGAGCCGAGAACGCCGAACGAUCCAAGGGCUCCGAAUUGUCCUCGAUGCUGGCCAAGUACAAUCGCGAGAUGGCCGAUCUGGAAGAGGCCGUCAGGACCAAGACGAGACAGCUGGAAGACAUCCGAUCAAAGCACGGCGAACGCAAUGAAGACCACGAGGCUGCGCUGCGGGAAAAGGACGACGAGAUUGAAAUCUACAAGUCGGGGAUGGAGCAGGCCUUGGAGGAACUAGAAGAGCUCAAACUGGGUGGUGGCGAGGCCGAUGGCGCCUUGGACGGGGCUAUUGACGAAGUCAUCAAGAGCAACAUCAACAAGAUCAACGACAUGAUCGAUUCGGUACUCCAGAGCGGUGUGCAGCGAGUGGAUGACGCUAUCUACGAACUUGAUUCUCCCAUGCAGGCUGGCAAUCAGAAUGCGACUGCACCGUAUGUGUUGUCCCAGAUCGAAAAGGCAUCGGCUAGUGCGACCGAAUUCUCCACGGCAUUCAAUAACUUUGUGGCCGACGGACCCAACAGCGACCAUUCAGAUAUCAUCAAGACCGUAUCCGUAUUUGCAGCGUCCAUCGCAGAUGUCCUGUCCAACUCUAAAGGUCUCACGAGAUUUGCGACAGAAGAGAAGAAGGGGGAUGAGUUGACGAACUCGGCUCGACAAGCCGCUUUGGCCACCAUCAACUUUUUCCGGUCUCUCCAGUCCUUCCGUCUCGAAGGUCUCGAACCCAUGCAAAAGUCGGAUGUGGUGAUCAACAGUAACCACGAUGUCUUGAUGAAACUUCAGAGACUAUCGAAACUGGCAGACGCCUUCGCACCCAAGGGCAGCAAGAUCAGCACGACGGGCGAUCUCGGUGAUUUGGUAGAUUCGGAGCUCACGAAGGCCGCUAAUGCGAUUGAAGCCGCCGCCCAACGCUUGGCCCGGCUGAAGAACAAACCUAGAGACGGAUAUAGCACGUACGAGCUCAAAGUCAACGACUCGAUCCUCGAUGCGGCUAUUGCGGUUACGAAUGCCAUUGCACAACUCAUCAAGGCAGCCACAGAGUCACAGAAUGAGAUUGUGCGCGAAGGACGCGGAAGCUCCUCACGAACGGCAUUCUACAAGAAGAAUAAUCGAUGGACGGAAGGACUGAUAUCGGCGGCCAAGGCCGUCGCCACUUCAACCAACACGCUGAUAGAGACGGCAGACGGGGUGAUCAGCGGACGAAAUUCACCUGAGCAAUUGAUCGUCGCGUCGAACGAUGUCGCGGCCAGUACGGCUCAAUUGGUGGCUGCUAGUCGUGUCAAGGCAAGUUUCAUGAGCAAGCAUCAAGACCGCCUUGAGCAAGCUUCGCGAGCAGUGGGUGCCGCUUGCAGGAGUCUGGUCAGGCAAGUGCAGGACAUCAUCAAGCAAAGACAGAAGGAGGAUGGAGAGAGUGUGGACUAUGGUAGCCUAAGUGCUCAUGAGUUCAAGGUCCGAGAGAUGGAGCAACAGGUCGAAAUCCUUCAACUCAGAAAUGCUCUUGAUGCGGCACAGGCUAGAUUGGGUGAGAUGAGAAAGAUUUCGUAUAGGGAGGACUGA